CCCCAUUUUCUCUCUCUACUUCUUUCAUCUUCUUUCUCCCCUUUUCUUUUACCCCCUUUUUUUUUGUUUGUUCUUCAUUUCAUCCGAAUCUCUCUCUUCUUUCUCUCUCUUCCCCCCCUGUUUCUUCCUUUCCUCUCUGUAUUCAUGACGGACAAGGGAAGGCCACUGCCCAAGUUUGGUGAAUGGGAUGUCAAUGACCCAGCUUCAGCGGAGGGAUUCACUGUGAUUUUUAAUAAAGCCAGGGAUGAAAAGAAGACAGGUGGGAAACCUGAGUCCCCUGCGAAGAACCAGCCCACAUCUAGGCCUGGAAUGGAGCCCACCAAAUCUCAGCCUAAAAAAUGGCUAUGCUGUGUACAAGCCCCAGAUGUUCAUUCUUAAGGAGAGUCUCUUCUCGAUAGACUUGAUAUGGAAAGGGAUAUUUGGCUGAGAUCCCACUCCAACACAUUUCUCCCAAAAGAACAAAAAAUGUAAGAGUUGUGAUAGGGUGCUUCAAAACCUGGAACAACACAAUUUUUUUCUUUUCUCUUGUGCUGUUGGAAUGAGUUGGUGUGGGAAGGAAACAUGGAAAGAAGACUCUUAUAUUGUAUUUAUAUGUACUGAGUUGUGUGGGUCAUUAUUAAGAAAACCAAAAGUUUUCCUUUCUUACUCUCCAUUUCUUGUGCUUUUGAGUUGUAAAGCUUUUUCAUUUGUGAUAUAACUUUUGGUUUUUGUAUCAGUUAAGUUAUAAUGGAGUGGUUGUGGUUUACUUAA